GUGGAUCCAGAUACACCGGCUGAGGCCUGCAGCGGACAGGUCGACUCAGCGGGACGACCGUUAACUCUAGUGUUCUCGGACGAGUUCAACAUUCCAGGUCGCACUUUUGCUGAUGGCCAUGAUCCUGCAUGGACGGCCAUCACAGGUUUUCCAUCUUCAAACGACCAGGAGAAUGCCUACGAUGAUUCGCCAUCGCAUGUCACCACUAGCAACGGAAACUUGUGGCUGCGAAUCUCCAGAACGGAAAGUUUUCUCGAAGUCGUUAAUGGCACAACCGGGCGAAAGGAGACGAAGCAUCGUCCCUAUACGUCCGCGAUGCUCCAAAGUUGGAACAAGUUCUGCUUCACCGGAGGCGUUGUCGAGAUCUCCGCAAAGUUUCCGGGUGAAGCUGAGCUGCCGGGCCUAUGGCCUGCAUUUUGGCUGUUGGGAAACCUGGGGAGAGCCACAGUCGAGGCGUCUGUCAACAACGUCUGGCCAUACAGCUACUCUCAGUGCCCUGCUGGCCAGAACUCAGCAGCCAACCAGGACCCCAAAAAGCAGCAGCUGAUAAAUGAGUGCCUUGGUUCAAAUUGGACCGAGCGUUUUGGCCUUCGACCACACCAUGGUCGCGGCGCAAUCGAGAUCGACAUCUUGGAGGUCCUCCCUGGCAAAGAUGCCCCGAACUACAGAGAGGACAAGGUCUUGACCGGGCAUUGCGAGCCACUUGCGGACUACAGCAAGCUGGACAUGCCCCGUCCACACUUGCUGAACACGUUGCAGGCAGCACCUGGCAUCCCCGUCGGUGCAGACCAGAGACCUCAAGAAUACAACGGAACAUGCGUGCCGAUCUGGGGCAAGCAGUGGUACUCGGAGUUGCGACAAGACAACCCUCAGGUUUAUGGACCAGACACAACCAUCAAUUACCACAACUACGGCAAGUUCGUUGCCAACGUCAACCCUUGGACAGACGUGACGCUCCAAGUGGACUCAAUGGGUGCCAUGACGCAUCUGACAAAGUCCGCCUUUGAGAAGCAGCAUGUCUAUCGCUUCGAGUGGAGCACCCAAGGAGACGGAGCGCUCACUUUCUGGAUGGAUGGAAAGCUGCUUUUCAGAUUAGAUGCCGCACUGCUAGCACGGCAGCUUGAAAUAACUCGAGGCGACAAGCCGUUUGGUACAAUGUUGGCGCGCCAACUUCUGCUUGAGCCUGUCUCGAUGAUCUUGAACAUCGACGUGUCAAAGCAAUGGGGGUGGGACAUCUUCGAGAAGAAAUGUCCCAAUGGAUCUUGUGGCUGCUGUUUGGAUUGCAAGAACCCGAAGUGCAUCGCUUGCAUGCUGCAGAUGGGCCAGGAAGAGGAGUACAUGUUUCUCUCGCAGAUGUGCAGGACACUGCCUGCCACCUACGAGGUGGAUUACAUCCGUGUUUUCCAGACUCAGGAGCAGCAAGCGAAGGAUCAUGAAGGUUGCUCUCCAGAGGCUGCGCCUACGCAAGGGUGGGUUGACAGUCGCCCAGAAAAGUACACCGUGCCCAACUUCGAUGCUCCGCUCGCGCCAAUCUACGCAGGUGGUGCAAGGUGUCAGACAGACGCAAACUGCGGGGCAAUCUCAGGAUCCGGCACAUGCUUGCGCGGUGUUUGCAACUGCUCGGAGGGUUGGACUGGCCCAAGCUGCUUGGCACGCUUGGCGGGCACCGCAAAGACCUGCCGGCCACUGGAGCUCGCAUUAGUCGGUGGAGGUCCGUGUGACGUGAACUCCACGCUGGACCGAUGCGGUCAUGGCCACUGCGUGAAGAUCAGCUACUCUUGGAAGCUGCCAUGGCAGACGGUGGCACAUCAGCACAUGGAAAAGCCCGUCGGGACAGGAAACGGCCGUUGCAAAUGUGACAACGGCUGGGCUGGGCCGUUCUGCUCACGCAGAACAGCCCGCAAAGAAGAGUUGAAGUGGGAGCAGCAGUCGUGCGUGCCACGUUCGACCAUGUCGUCGCCAGAUCUGGAAGAGUUCAUCCGCAAGGUGUGCAACAGGCGACUGUCGCACCAGAUGCAGGCCUCCUCUGAGGUUGUGGAAACCUGCAGGGAGAUCCUUUGGGAAUACGGCGGCCGCUUUUCUCAGUGCGGCGCUUGGCCCAGAGCUUCGUGGCUUGCGAAGGCGGUCAAAGCCGAGACUGGACUUUGCUGCACGCGGCUGGACGAUCAAAACAGAGAAGUGUGCGCAGAGGACGACUCCCAGUUCGGUCUUUUGGCAAUCAUCGCCGGCCUUGUCGUCUUGUUCAUGGCCUUCCUCGGUUGCGUGAGGCAGUCUCACAUCCAAGGGAGGCUGUGUGCCGGCCAGAAGCGGCGAAGGGCUGCCAAGUUCAACCACAAGGAAGAGAAUGAAGAGACAAGCGAGGACGAGCUCGAUGAAAUUGAAGUCAACGGGUAUGGAGGCAGUGCCAGUGAGGAUUCGAAGUAG